AAUGAUCCCAGUCCAUCCUGCAUGUUCUCUCCAUACACACACCUGCACCUCACUGCCUUGCAGAGUGUAACCGACCCUCAACCUACUGUAUUAACUAACACGGAGGUUGUAUCACCACGUAACACACCUUUACCGUCAAACCCUGUUUGUUUAUCUCAAAUAGUUACAAAGGGGACUAUUUAGUACUGUCAUCAGCUUUAGCCUCACUUACUAACCUGGUAAUGAACUAAUCCCUAGCUCUCUAGAGUACCUAGGUUAUGUAUCUGCACUGUAGGGUGUCUGUCUAAGCCAUAGCUGUCUCUAGUUUCCCCUAGUUGUCCCCCCAGGACCCAGUGCACCCGGGGCUUUUACCAUCCACGUCUUGAGGCCAUCUGCAAGACUUGGCCCUGGCACACCGACAUGGGAGCUUCUUGUCUUGGAUAGAGUUGCUUCCUCUAGUCUGGCAAAUAAAGUAGGGCAUCUCAGUAGUUGUUGCUGUUCUAUUUCCUUACACGUGGAUCUGGAGGUGACAUGGAGUCAGGGCAAUUUGAAACUCUUGGAAGUGUUAUGUCUUCCAGUACAGUAGAUGGUUUUGGUGAUAAGUGUCAGUUUGAGCUGUUUGGGUUCUGACAUCUGGGAAGAGAUGCUGGAGAGAGAGAGAGACUUGUGUGUAGGGGAGAAAGGGCAGAGAUGUGUGUAGCUGUAGGGCCUCUGAGAGAGGAGAGGUUAGGAAGAGGGGAGCAGGGGUGCGUGUCAGAGCUAGCUUGACUGGCAGAAGGAACCCUUAUGUUGGAGGAGCGGCAGGACCUUCGUUGCCAAAACAGCAGCGGUUGUCCCCAGAUUGCCACAAACUGUCAAGUUGCCGGAACAUUUCAGAAAUUAAACAUUCAGCCUACCCGUAAGAACAAGACAGUAAUUGCUUUUGACUUAUGAAUAAAAUAUGAUUGAAUGUGGGAUUUAAAGAAGUGAGAAAACAAUGCUUGUGUGUCUGUGGGCCUGUCCAUUUGUUCAUGGCUGUCUCAUUUUACUAUGAAUCCCCUCCAACCCUGGGUAGAUGUGUCUUGUCAUGAAUUAAAUAUGGGGGUUUGAUCAUGCGUCUCCCUUGGAGGGGACAGGAAGGAGGUACUAGUCUUUUGGGUCCCUGCAUCAAACAGUGUGUUAGACAGCUCCACACACACUGCUGGGUUGUCUCCUCUGUCCCUCAUUGGCUAGGGUUCUGCAGACUUUAAAUAUGCAUUACUUGAUGGCCCCCAAUCCAACCCAACCUCAUCACGUCAUAUCUGACCUGCUAUCAAAGCUUGAAUUCAUGCUCCUUACCAAACACAACAAGGCUACAUUGCUCUAUGUGUGUGUGGGUGCUGCAUGUUUGAGAGAUUGAGGGGGAUUGAGAGAGACAAGGAGAGAGUGAUACAGGAAGAUACAGAUAGAGAGGAGAGACAAAGAGAGAGUGAUAAAGGAAGAUAUAGAUGGAGAGACAAGGAGAGAGUGAUACAGGAAGAGACGGAUAGAGAGGAGAGACAAAGAGAGAGUGAUUAAGGAAGAUAUAAAUUGAGAGACAAGGAGAGAGUGAUAAAGGAAGAGACAGAUAGAGAGGAGAGACAAGGAGAGAGUGAUAAAGGAAGAUAUAGAUGGAGAGACAAGGAGAGAGUGAUAAAGGAAGAGACGGAUAGAGAGACAAGGAGAGAGUGAUAAAGGAAGAUAUAGAUAGAGAGGAGAGACAAGGAGAGAGUGAUAAAGGAAGAUAUAGAUAGACAAGGAGAGAGUGAUAAAGGAAGAUAUAGAUAGAGAGGAGAGUCAAGGAGAGAGUGAUAAAGGAAGAGACAGAUAGAGAGGAGAGACAAGGAGAGAGUGAUACAGGAAGAUAUAGAUGGAGAGGAGAGACAAGGAGAGAGUGAUAAAGGAAGAUAUAGAUGGAGAGACAAGGAGAGAGUGAUAAAGGAAGAUAUAGAUAGAGAGGAGAGACAAGGAGAGAGUGAUAAAGGAAGAUAUAGAUAGAGAGGAGAGACAAGGAGAGAGUGAUAAAGGAAGAGACAGAUAGAGAGGAGAGACAAGGAGAGAGUGAUAAAGGAGGAUAUAGAUAGAGAGGAGAGACAAGGUGUGAGGGCAGCAAUAGAGAACAGCUUGUAAGUCGUCAAACACUUUGAGUGAGUGCUCUGCUCUAAUGCACUGCUCGUUGGAUUGGCCAGCCAGAGAGAGAAAGAGAUGAAGGGAGACAAAGGGAGAGAGAGAGACUGUUAUUUAGGUGCUCUGUAUCAGAACCAACGUUGUGAAAUGCAGCAAGCUAUCUAAACUGAGGAGAGACAAACAGGAAGGCUGUAAAUCUAUAGCCGUCUGUAGCAUUCCUAGCUCUGUGUAUAUUUGACAAAUACACUUUCCCAAAAAAGGGAUUACAUUGAGAAAUGAGCCAAACGGAAUGAGAUUUGCCUUGACUGGAACCAGCUGGGUUGUCAGUGGAAAGACUUACACAGGAAUCAGAAUAAAAGCCUGUCAAUGUAUGUUUUAUAGCAACAAGUCCAGUGUUUUCAUAUAAUGAUGUCAUAUGAAGCAGCGUUAUAUCUUGUUGAAAGCAUUUUGAUCAAGCAUUUUAAGAAGUCUCUCUUUCAUCUGUUGGCUGUUCCCUCUGCUUGUUCGCAAUACCAAAUAUUAACAAAGUUACAGAUGCCACUACUGCUUUCAAAACUCUCACAUAACAGUAGAAAACCUAUUUGUAAGUCACCUGCAACAACAGCGUGGACUGUCAGAGAUGUAGUCUGUGGUUAGUACUUAGCUAUUACCUCUAUUCUCCUUCAUUUCGUUUGAACAUGAUCAAAAGUGACUAAGUGCUGAAGGACUUUAUCCUCAGCUGAAGAAAAGUGAUACAACUUUUGACUGAAAAAAGGGAUGCCAUGCCUGGGCUUUACUUGACUGAAGUUUGGGAUUGGUGUCUAUAAUUGGUUGAUUUGAAUUUCCUCUGCGGGAUGCCUUUCCUCUCUGAGUCUCUGAGUCUCUGAGACUCUGACUAUGAGGAAUUUUUUAGGAGUGUAAGACCUAACAUCUCACCACCAUCACAGGCCAACCUAGUGUGGGGCUGAGAGACCUGUUAACACUGAUAAUCCCAACCAGGAGAGGUCAACAGCCCACAUUAGAUAAGACUCAUGGUCAGCCAUUACACUUUUGCCAUUAAAUGAGAAUGUUUUGUCAUGAAAUCAAAUCUCUUAUACGAAGGCAUCUUGAAGUGUGAAAAUUAUCUUGAUUGUAAGAUCAACAGUAAAAGUGUUUUACUUUAGAUAAUGAGGAAGUAAUGCCUCAUUGAGAGCAGAAGACAGAGAAAAAAGAUGGCCCUGUAUACAGCAUGUCGGUGUGUUUCCUGGAAAACAAUGAAUCACUCCUCUGGUGGUUUAUUUGUGUAGGAGAGCGUGGACGUGUCUCGGGGAUUUGCCAAGUGUGCUAAAGUUUGACAACGACACAUUUGUUUAUGUUGCAUUACAACACAUUCAGAUGGGCCGGGAAACAGCGAGAGUGGAAUGAGACAUCCCACAUGUAAUAUAUCUCUGCUGGAUCCUUGAGUGUGUCUGCUCGGUCUGCCCUCACUCACGCACUCCUUAAUGGGCUUGUGGAGGGUCCAGUUGAGUAAUAAAGCUGCACCUCAGUUUGUCAUCAGGCCGCGGGACCAGAUCGUGGCUCAGGGUCGCACCGCCACCUUCCCCUGUGAGACCAAGGGCAACCCGCAGCCUGCAGUCUUCUGGCAGAAGGAGGGAAGCCAGAACCUACUGUUUCCCAACCAGCCCCAGCAGCCCAACAGUCGCUUCUCUGUGUCCUCCAGUGGAGACCUGACCAUCUCGGCCGUGCAGCGGGCAGACGCAGGCUACUACAUCUGCCAGGCCCUGACCGUGGCUGGCAGCAUCCUCGCCAAGGCCCAACUGGAGGUCACAGAUGUGCUGACAGACAGGCCGCCGCCCAUAAUCCGCCAGGGUCCGUCCAAUCAGACGCUGCGAGUGGACAGCGUGGCCCUGCUAAAGUGUCAGGCGUCAGGAGACCCCAUCCCCUCCAUCAGCUGGCUGAAGGACGGGGUCAGUCUGCUGGGGAAGGAUCCCCGCAUGUCCCUGCAGGAGCUGGGCAGCCUCCAGAUGAGGAGCCUCAGGCUUUCUGACUCUGGGAUCUACACCUGUGUGGCUGCCAGCUCCAGUGGCGAGACAUCGUGGAGCGCCUUCCUGGAGGUCAAAGACCAAGCUGGGGUGAUGGUCAUUAAGAACCGUGAUGACAACGAGCUCCUUGGCCCUCCCUCCAAACCCGACGUCACUGACGUCACCAAGAACAGCGUCUCGUUGUCCUGGCAUCCCGGCCUGACUGGGGCCACGCCCAUCUCCUCUUUUGUCAUCGAAGCCUUCAGCCAGUCGGUGAGCAACAGUUGGCAGACGGUCGCGGACCACGUGAAGACCACGCAGUACACGGUCAAAGGCCUGCGCCCCAACACCAUCUACCUCUUCAUGGUGCGGGCGGUCAACACCCAGGGCCUCAGUGAUCCCAGCCCCAUGUCAGAGCCCGUCAGGACACAAGACAUCAGUCCUCCAGCCCAGGGGGUGGACCACAGACAUGUACAGAAGGAGCUGGGGGAGGUCAUAGUUCGUCUUCACAACCCGGUCGUCUUGAGCCCCACCACCAUUCAGGUCACCUGGACGGUGGACCGUCAGUGUCAGUUCAUCCAGGGCUACAGAGUUCUGUACAGGCAGACGUCUGGCCUGUUUUCCCCAGGACCCUGGCAGACCCAGGAUGUGAAGAUCCCCUCAGAGCGAAGUGUGGUCCUCUCCAACCUCAAGAAAGGCAUCAUCUAUGAGAUCAAGGUCCGGCCCUACUUCAAUGAGUUCCAGGGCAUGGACAGUGAGUCCAGGUCGGCUCGCACCACAGAGGAAGCUCCCAGUGCCCCUCCCCUGCAGGUUACAGUCUUGAUGGUGGGCAACCAGAACAGCACCUCCAUCAGCAUCUCCUGGGACCCCCCUCCUCCAGACCACCAGAACGGCAUCAUCCAGGAGUACAAGAUCUGGUGCCUAGGGAAUGAGACACGCUUCCACGUGAAUAAGACAGUGGAUGCAGCCAUCCGGUCGGUGGUUGUGGGGGGGCUUCAGGUGGGGGUGCUGUAUCGGGUGGAGGUUGCUGCCAGUACCAGCGCAGGGGUGGGGGUCAAGAGUGAACCUCAGCCCAUCGUCAUCGGUAAGGACUUCCGUGACGUGAUCAUAAGUGGGAACAGGAACAACAGCAUCACGGAGCAGAUCACAGACGUGGUGAAGCAGCCAGCGUUCAUCGCGGGGAUCGGAGGGGCCUGCUGGGUGAUCCUCAUGGGCUUCAGUAUCUGGCUGUACUGGAGGAGGAAGAAGAGGAAGGGGCUCAGCAACUACGCAGUUCAGUCCUUCACCUUCACCCCUGCAGUGACGUUCCAGCGUGUUGACGGGGGUCUGAUGAGCAAUGGAAGCCGACCAGGCCUGCUGAAUGCCGGUGACCCAGGCUACCCGUGGCUGGCUGACUCUUGGCCUGCAACCAGCCUGCCUGUCAACAGUGGCUCCGGUGGACCCAAUGACCUUAGUAACUUUGGACGAGGAGACACCAGUAGUAAUGGGGAUAAGACCGGCACCAUGCUGUCUGACGGAGCCAUCUAUAGCAGUAUAGACUUCACCACCAAGGCUAACUACAACAGCCCCAGCCAGGGCUCCCAGGGAGCCACCCCCUAUGCCACCACACAGAUCCUCCACUCCAGUAGUAUCCAUGAGCUGGCUGUGGACCUCCCCGAGGCCCAGUGGAAGGCCUCCAUCCAGGCCAAACAGGAGAUGGCCAACCUGGGGUACUCCCUGCCCGACAAGAACUCCUGCAACAACACACUCCUUUUCAUUCCUGACUACCGAUUGGCCGAGGGAUUGUCUAAUAGAAUGCCACACAACCAAUCACAAGAUUUCAGCACCACCAGCUCAGAUCGAAGCGGCAGCCUAUCAGGUGGUAAGGGGGGUAAGAAGAAGAAGGCCAAGGUUGGUGCCAAACCCACCAAGGCUAACGGCUCCAGCUGGGCCAACGUGCCCCUGCCCCCUCCACCUGUACACCCUCUCCCUGGCACCGAGAUGGACCACUACCCCAACGAGCACUAUGAAGGAGGAGGGUAUGAGAGUGAUGGCUGGGGUCCUCCCAUGCCCGUGCAGACCUACCUCCACCAGGGAAUGGAGGAUGAGCUAGAGGAGGAGGAAGAGAGGGUCCCCACCCCACCCAUGCGUGGAGUGGCCUCGUCUCCAGCAGCGGUGUCCUUCGGUCAGCAGUCCACGGCCACCCUCACGCCCUCUCCCCGGGAGGAGUUGCAGCCCAUGCUCCAGGCCCACCUAGACGAGAUCACCCGUGCCUACCAACUGGACAUGGCCAAACAGACAUGGCUCAUGCAGGGUGGCUCCCUCCCCCCCCUCCCUCCCCAGGCUCCCGCACCUCCGGUGGGGUAUGUGUCCAGCACCCUGGUGUCUGACCUGGAGACUGACAUCCCUGAUGAGGAGGAUGAGGAAGAGGAGGAGGAUGACAGCUAUGAGAUGUCCAGGCCUCUCUAUGGUAUUGAGCACACGCCAGGGUCCAGCAUGGACAACCUAGACAGCUCCAUAACAGGGUCCAUGGUUAACGGCUGGGGGUCAGCCUCAGAGGAAGAUGACCGUCACUACUCCAGCCACAGGUCCAGUGUGGGCAGCUCCUCUGACGGGUCCCUCUACACCCACUGUAGCUUCGCCCAGGCCCUGGUGGCAGCCGCUGACAAGGCAGGCUACCACCUGGAGGGCACCAGCCUGGCCAAGAGAGGUAAAGGGCUGUCCCACCGACCCCGGCCCAACAGUCCCUUCUCUACAGAUGGCAGCACGGUGGGCACACACAGCCUGGGCCACCAGAGGGCUGCCCGGCCCACCCGCAAGCCCCGGGGACAGGGCACAGCGCCCCACAGGAGAGACGCCAGUGCAGACGACCUACCUCCUCCCCCUGACCCCCCGCCCAUCCAGGGAUCAGGGCCUAUCCAGGGAGCCCGUAGUGUAGGCGGCGUGUGCCCCCCAGCCGAGAAGAAGGCCUCGUCCCUGGAGCGCCAGCCCAUGUGUGGUGCCAUGCCCCUGUCUGGGCUGGAGGAGAUGAAGAGCUGCAUGGACAGACAGACACGCACCUCUCUGGAGCGGCACCGCCAGGCCCAGGACAGACUAGCAUCCAUGGACCGAGGCGACGACCCACGCAGGGGACACAAAACAGAAGAGGGGUGCCUGCCUCCCUACAGUAAACCCUCGUUCCCUUCCCCCGGGGGCCACAGCUCCUCUGGGACAGCCUCCUCCAAGGGCUCCACGGGGCCACGCAAGGGAGAGGGACCUCGAGGGCCACACCAACGAAUUGCCACAGACCACAUUGACUUCCUGGGGACCAACGGACAGGGACAGUACUCAGGCGAGUUAUAGUGACCUGCCUGCAGUAGGAUCUGAACUGAACUGGAGUAAGCCUCGUCGUCCUCAUCAGAAUGACGCCUCGCCCAUUGGUGCAAUGAACUUUGUUCUUCUUUGUGUAUUAUCAGAGGAGAGGAGCAGGAAGAUGACGAUGAUGACCACCAUAACAGAACUGUAAAUGUGAUGUAUAAACACAGACAUGCAUACUGUACAUCCCACUAUGUUGUUGUCCUCAAGAAAAUGAUUUCCCACCUUCCACCUUAAUUUCUUUCAGUCAGAAAAGAGCAAGUAAACAAAAUAAUUAAAACACCUUUAUGAGAAAACAAAUUUUCAAAGUAACUGUCCUUGGGGAAAAAAAGGAAUCUUGUUUCCUGUAAAUAGAUUAUUUACAUUGUUGUUGCAUUGCAAUGCAAGCCUACUUCAGUUUGAGCUUCUUCAUUCCAUACUGUUGGUUAUAUCUAGUCAUUUGUAUUAUACGUGAAUUGAUAGGCUGGUGUGCCAUAAAAUAAUUGUUUUUAUGAUCCAUCAUUUGUUAAUACCUAUCAUUGAUUAAUUAUUAUCAUUAUUAUUAUUAAUUAUUGUUUUUUUGCACUGCGAUUUUUGGUGAUAAGCACAAAAGCAUAGCUCCUGCUGACAGGAAGUACCGGACGAACAUGUGAAGAGGAGUUUCUCUAGAAAGAUGAGAAAAUAUAUACUAAUGUACAGAGAGAUAUUAAAGAGUAAGACGUUGCUUAUGGACAGCAACUAAAUGGAUACCCAUUCCCAAGUUAGGGCUAAUCAGAAAGCAGAUGUUUUUUGUUGUUGUGCCUUUGAGGUUGGGGGCAGAGAAGGGGCAGAGUAGAGACAGAGAGAGGAGGGGUUAGUGGUUAGAGCAUUGGGCCAGUAACCGAAAGGUUGCUAGAUCAAAUCCCACGAGCUGAUAAGGUAACAGUUAACCCACUGCUCCUAGGCCGUCAUUGUGAAUAAGAAUUUGUUCUUAACUGACUUGCCUAGUUAAAUAAAGGUUACAUUUUUGUUUAAUUAGUUGAUUAUUGGGUUAACUUCAUCUGAUUCUAUUGUAAUCUUAUAGUCCUACAAAUGGACUGCUAUGGACUUGUUAGAGCUGGCAGUUGUGAGGUAGUCCAGGCAUUGUCUUGUUUUCAGAACUUAACACAGCCACAUUACAAUGGACGUCCAGCUGGGCCCUCAUCUUCAUACCAGCGUUUAAAUACAAUUUAUUUUAUCUUUAUCUCAUCUUUGAUUUUAUCUUCAUCUCAUCUUCUUUGAUUCUAUCUUCAUUGAAUUCUCGAGUUUUUGUUUUCACCUGAAGAUCAUUUGUAUAAUGCAUCUAGCAAUACGGACAAAGUGAACAUCUAGAAUCUAGUCACUGAAACCAUACAGUAGCACUUAGAAUACACUAUGGGGAGCCUGAAAGCCAUAGUUCAAUAGGUGUAAUCUAUAUUAUAAACUGGGUGUUUUCGAGGCCUGAAUGCUGAUUGGCUGAAAGCCGUGGUAUAUCAGACCGUAUACCACAGGUAUGACAAAACAUUUAUUUUUACUGCUCUAAUUACAUUGGUAACCAGUUUAUAAUAGCAAUAAGGCACCUCGGGGGUUUGUGGUAUAUGGCCAAUAUACCACGGCUAAGGGCUGAAUCGAGGCACUCCGCGAACAGCACUUAGGUGUGGUACAUUGGUCAAAUACCACACCCACUCUGGCCUUAUUGCUUAAAUCUAAAACUGACAUACGAUUUGCUUCCUUUUAAUCAUCCCACUGUUAAACUCUGGAUUGGGUCGAACCCAGUUGUAGUAAGAACUAACAGUAAUAUUGAUGCUAAAGCCACUCUAUUGCCAGGAAAGAGGCUUUAGGAUAGGUCCUUCUUUCGUCUCCUUUGUUAUGAGAGUCAAACAUUUAUUUUGUCAUCCAUUUUAUUUUGCUUAAUUUAGAGCACUUAAUGUACUCGGUUAAGAGUGUUGUCCAGUAACUGAAAGUUUGCUGGAUCGAAUCCCCAAGCCAACUAGGUGAAAAAUCUGUCAAUGUGUCCUUGAGCUAGGCACUUAACCCUAAUUGCUUCCGUACGUCUGGAUAAGAACUUCUGCUAAAUGACUCAAAUGUAAAUGUAAAAUGUACUCCACAUCCAUGGCAUCCCAUGAAAACAUCACAAUGGCCUGCUUCUGCCUCAACUGUUGUGUAUCUGUUUCAGUCGGAGCACUGCAGUCCCUGCCUUGAAGUAUGGUACAAUGUUAUAAUUAGCACACAGUAGAACACUAACUAGACUCCCUAUUGGGACUCCAAUUCCCAGAAUGCAGAUAGUGAAGCAGAAGGCAGGUACAGUCAGAAUGGAGAAGAGCCACCUGCAGUAGGAGAUCACACUGCCUCUGUCUCUACAGCAUUUAGCACUACUUUCUAUCUGCCUAACAGUCACAACACAUUUUCCUUCUGCCGCAUGGAACUAUUCAACCUCAGAUGUUCAAUUUGUAUCUUUUCAAACAAUGUUCAGAUCAUUUUUUUAAAGCCUGUUUCUUUGUAUGCCUUUUAUGGACUCAAAAAGGCUGCUUAACGAUGUGUUUGAUGUCAACGUUCAGGAUUUUACCGCUAAAAUGUUUUUUUUGUCUUCUUUUGUACUGCUUAAUGUUGAUAAAGGAGAGUUGGAAAGCAAACGGAAGGCUUUGCCAGAUAUGCUGUUGUACUGUUGUGAUCAUGUCACUGUCAUUUCAUAUCAUCAACCUAGUGGCCAGUGUUCUGGAAAUGAGGUGCAAGGAGUGUCUCAGGUUAUUUUACUGUACAUUCUGGCGGUGUUCAUGUAUGUGUGUAUAUAUAUGUGUAUAUAUUCAUAUGCAUCUCCACUCGGUUAUUUCAUUCCAGUUUCAUUGUUGAAAGAUAUCCCUCUUUUAUGUCCGAUGCUCCCCUGAUGCUGUCCUGUUUCAUUUCUUUUUGCCAGUGGUUUUUAUUCCAAGUUUAACGUGCUGGUCCAUCCACCUUAAGGCAAGAUGUCAGUAACAGAACAUACCAAAUGAAUAUUGAUACUUCUAAUGUGUUUUUGUGUCUUUUUAAUAAUCAUGGUUUUCUUUUAAAUCACAGUGUUGUUGUUUUGUAUUUAUUAAAAUGAUAAUAAAAAGGUAUAUUGUGAAAUAUGCAUAAUGAUUUGUGGAAUAUAAAAUGUUGUUUUUUUUGUAAACUUUGCUGUCGGAGAAGGCCAGGGAUGGGCAACUCCAGUCCUCAGGGGCCAGAGUGCUGUCACACAUUGUCCCCAUCCCAAGCAAACACAGCUGAUUUAAAAUAAUUGCAUUCUAAACCGAAGAUCAUGAUUAGUUGAUUAUUGGAGUCAGGUGAGUUAGCUGGGGCAAAAAUGUGACAUCAAUAAGGCCCCUGAGGACUGGAGUUGCCCAUCCCUGAGCUGGGCCAUAAGGACUUGAUUGACUCUCCAGGUCCACAGUAAGUUGCAAAGCUGAGUCAUUAGUUGUCAGAGACAAUGGAGUCCUGCAUGUUAACAACUCUGCUCCAUCUCAUCUCAAAACGAAAGAAACUAAAACCUUUUCCAAACACAAACAGCGAUAUGUUCCUCAUUUGCUUGACAAGACAAUAGAUACAGGUGUUCUUUUUUGGAAGGUUGCAAAUUACUUUGGCUUUCCGUCUCGUUCCUUUUCUCAGUAUUGUUGGAUCUGUGUGUUCGUCUUUUUUCAACAAAAAAAGAGGAUUAAAAAAAGAGAAAAAGAGCAAGUUGUUGGGUGAAGUCUUUCUGUACAGUGCCGGGCAAGGUGAUGCCAUCUCUCCAAUGCCAUUUCUACAUUCUGUACAACCUUCUGUAUUCACUUGCAUGUCCUUGUCCAAGAAGAGGAAAAUAGUGGAGCAAGAAAUUAAACUUUUACAAGUCUCAUUCCCAUGUUCUGUAAGAUAAAUCCAAGUUAUUUUCUUUCCUUGUACCUGGAUCACUAUCAACAAAUAAAAUAUUUUUGAAAAAUGUGAA